AUGUACCAUCUGGCCAAAUCACUGUACAUGUACGCUACUAGCAAAGAGGAAUACUCCGUCCUUCUCCUCGGCCUAGAUAACGCCGGCAAAACAACGCUCCUCUCUCAGAUCAAAGCCCUCUUCCAGCCCCGAGCAGAUGGCACGCCUGCGCCUAACCCCGGAAAGACAGUGCCCACCGUAGGGCAAAAUGUCAACACGAUAUCGCUGCCGGAUAUGUACCUGAAGAUCUGGGAUGUCGGCGGCCAAAUCUCCAUGCGCAACCUGUGGCAGAGCUACUACUCGAGCUGUCACGCGAUCGUUUUCGUGGUGGAUAGCACGGACGUCGGACAAAACCCUGAUAUUACGCGCCUUCCUUCCUCGUCAGCGGCGACGAAUAGCUCCCGGAAACCAUCCACUGCAGGACUUGGGUCAGUGGAACAGGAAACAAACGGUGACGCCGAUGGAGACGAUGAGAACGAGAGCGCCGCUGCCUUCACCGAACAACUCGCCGGUAUCAACGCACCUGGGAGUGACUUUGGUCGCCUUGAUGAGUGUCGUCAGGUUCUUGAAUCGGUGCUUCGAAAUGCCGAUGUUGCGGGUGUGCCUAUCCUCGUGCUUGCAAAUAAACAGGACCGAGAAGACUCAGUCGAGGUUGUUCGGAUCAAGGAAGGUUUCGUGAGAAAAGUAUUUGAAGGAGAGACGGGCGGUGUUGUGCGCGAUAGCCGUGUCCUGCCAAUUAGUGCGCUGAUGGGUUCCGGGGUACAGGAAGCUGUUGAAUGGGUUCAGAGCCGUGUGAAGUGGAAUAAAGAGGGAAGACCGCCCGUCAUGAGGUGA